AUGGUGAUUCCGCCGAUUUCUAGGUUGGGGUUUCGGAGUGAGGUCGACAACAAGGACGAGUAUGAAGCUUCCUGCAAGUCUAUGGCCAAUGAAAUUGAUGAAUUGAUUGGGAAGAAUCAAGUUCCAGUUCAUGCUGAAGAAUUUGCUUUGAUAAUCCUCGAUCAUAUGCGCCGACUUCGUUGUGAUGAUGCAAAAACCAAAGCGGCGGUAAUGGUGUUGAUGAUCUCAGCCAAUUUGUGGAAUGGUUUCAGCUCUGCUGAAAGUGUCAUCCCCAGUGUAAAUAGUCACCUUACUCUAUUUCAGCAGGUCAUAGAGAGGUUCUAUCCAUUUGUGAAGCUUGGGCAUAUUAUUGUUUCAUUUGAGGCGAAGCAAGAAUCAAAGACAUUGGUGAAGGACUUCUAUAUUUCAGAGAAUAUGCCGCAUUCUCCCAAACCGAAAAUAGGACUAUUUGUUGUUCGGACAGAAGACAUAAGCAAAUCUAGUUGUAUUAUGCAUCCCCAAGAAGUCAGCUUUUUGUUGAAUGGAAAGAGCGUUGAAAAGAGAGUUAACAUCUCAAUGGAUUCUGGGCCGCAGCUUCCAACGAAUGUUACUAACCUGGUCUACCCUGGUGCAAAUCUUCUGCAAGCAAUAGGGUGUUUUCGAGACAGAUACCCAUUUGCUAUAGGUAGUUACUUCAUUGUUAUUGCCUUCGCGGAAGUCAUGCUACUGCCCGACAAACCGUUGCUGAAAGAUUAUGUUCAUUCUGAAGUUACUGAAUCAAAUUCAGACUGUGACAUAAUGGAGGGGCCAUCAAGGAUAUCUCUCAGUUGUCCUAUCAGCCGAACGCGUAUCAAACUUCCUGUGAAGGGUCACUCCUGUAAACAUCUGCAGAUUCUAGAAGAGGUGGGAUCUAAUGCUUCAGAUGUGGUUAUCUCGGCUGAUGGAUCAUGGAGGGUUGUGACGGAAAACAAUGAGAAUGUGGAUCUUGUGCCGGAAACCACUCAUGAGCAUGGAGACCCAAAAAGUCUCCUAACCUCGGGUCCAACUGUUAUGGAUCUUACUCGGGAUGAGGAUGAAAUGGAUACAUCCGGUUGCACCCAGGUCGAUGAACAAAAGCCUUGUUUAUCUGAGAUUCGGGGUCUGUCUGAUAACACAUAUAAGACUGCGACAGAUUACACUAUGCUUAACCAGUCUCCUGCUUCAGUCAACGCACUGCCACAAUUGCCACAAACUUUUAAUGUUUUUAGUGGGCAACAAUUCAUGAACAGACCUCAUAUUGUAAACACCCGAGACUCAGCAGCAAGACAAUCCAUACCCAUGCCAUUCUUACCAACCUCAUCUCCACAAGAUAGAUUAGCUACUAGUACAGCCAGCCUACACACAUCCAUGCCUGCUGCUCAGUCUUCUCAAUUUCAAGGGUCACAUCAAUGCCUAGGAAGAACCUCUGAUUUGAUGGAGAGAUGGAACCACAUCUAUGGAAAUGGCAUAAAUCAAACUCAGUUUCCACCCAUUCCUCCGUUGCACCAUCAUUAUGCGAUGCAGAACCAGAGGCCUCCCAACAGGAGUCUAUCCCCUGCACAGCAAAGACCGAUGCUAUCUUCCGUUACACAUCCCCAAACUUUAGCUGUCAACUACGGAAGGGCCACUGACCAAAGACCACCAACUAUGGAACAGUUCUCAUCACGAGAGUUCAUGAAUUUGGCUUCUGCUAACACCGCAAAUUGGCAGUCACAGACCCGGAUGGCUACAAACUUGCAGCCACAGACCCGGAUGGCUACAAACUGGCAGCCACAGACCCGGAUGGCUAACACUACAAACUGGCAGCCACAGACCAGGAUGGCUAACACUGCAAAUUGGCAGCCACAGACCCAAAUGGCUAACACGGAAAAUUGGCAGCCACAGACCCGGAUGCGCGGCAGCAUAACGCCCGGUUCCACGGUAUAUGACCAGAGGAUCAUUCUACCUACUCAGCCGGUUAAUGCGCAAGCUCAAACACUUCCUCCGCCUCAGACAACAACUUAUAAUAAUAAUAUGGCUGAUGAAAUUCAAGCAUUUUUGGCGCACCCGAGUUAUUCGAAUAGUAAUAAUGAAACGCAACCUGGAAUCAGUUCAUUGCCCGUGGCUGGGGGUUUUGGGGCAUUGGGAUCGUUCUGGUCAAUGCCUCCUGAGACAUGGUGA